AUGGAGCCUGGACCACACCGAUGGGAACACAUGUGGGAACACCAAACACAUAGGAAACCCCCGAGCACAAAGCAAGCACUCUCAACCAACCGUAUAUCCAACAUUCCAACGGCGAUAAAACAGCGAGACGCCAUGCUGAAACGAGGCGCAGUUCACGCAUCCAACAUUCCAGAUCGUAACCUGAUUCGGCUUGGCGGAAUGGCGGGUGAUGGGCCGCGCAUGGAUCUGGGGUAG